GGUUCUCUACUGCUGCGCCCACCUUGUACAUCGACUUGAUACAGGUGGUAGUGACAACGGCAUGAGCCAGGAAGCUGUGAACGACUGUCUGGUACGGGCACUGUGGGCCUUGGGAAUGCUGAAUGUACCUCUUAUGAAGCUCGGCAAGGCUGUUGUUACUUUAAUUCACCAACUGAGCAAGAGGAUGGGGACCUUAUCCGUAUCCAAUCUGGUCAACCUCAUGAUACCACUAUGUGUCUUCAUGCCUUCGACUCUUCUCAAGCAGCAUGGCGGUUCGGAGGUGCUCAAUGCUGCUUGUGGGCGUUUGGUAGAGGCCCUCACAGUCCAGCUUGCCAAGUCCUAUAGGCCCGACUGGAUGGCCACAGCGGCUAAGGCCUUGUAUUUCGCCAGAGUCGUUGGGAGGGUACCGUCAUCCUCUGGUCUCAACGAUUCAUCGUUAUCUGCUAUAUUGGGCGCGCGAAAGUGUGCAUCUCUACCGCGGCUGUCGAUGAAGGCGGCAACUCAGUUGGGAGUUGUCUGUCAUGGUGUUAAGGCGGAUGGAAUCCGUGUUAAUGGCAUGGCCCUCGGGCUCUUCCCUUUUGAUGUUGUCUAUGACAAUUCAAAAGAGGUCGUCGAGAUAGAGCGGCCCAAUGAGUUCAUCAGAACCAUCGAGGGCACCAUGACGUCGAUAUGUGGUUGGGAGCAACUCUGUCGUGAAUGCCUGGCGGCCCUAGGGUUCAAGAUAACGGCGAUUUCUCAAGCGGAAUGGGCGGCGUUAAUGCUGCCUCCGACGGCUAUGGCUUCGGCUACUGAUCAGCUCUCGGCACAGAUACGAUAUGUGAAGUCGCGUAUGAGGUCGUCAGCCCGUCCAAAGGUUUCGGAGAUCCCCAUGAUAAUCAGAGGUCGCAGCCGUACUAGAAGUGGCUCCUCGGGAAGCCGAUCUUCCAGCAGUGGUUCCUCCUCCUCGUCAUCAUCUUCUGGUAGCAGUGAUGACGACUGAAAACGUAUCAAACGUUUC